UGCCACGGUGGCUUCUCACGACCGCGUGCGAGCGCGUACGGGCGUCCGUCUCGGUGUGUUAAAUUAUGUGAGUGGAGGGACUCCUGUGGCUCUCGGUGCGAGACUUGGGUAAUUCUUCGCGUCGCGUCAUGUUCCAUCACGAGUACGAGAAACGGCUGCUGAAGGUGGUGUAUACCAGCGGCGACGAUGCCUCGACGGCGACGGGCGGCAGCGCGACAACGCCGUUGCCUGGCGGCGCCGCCACUUAUCUGCCCAUUUACUCGCCCACGAAGACGUCCGCGUGCAACAAUAGCUACGAUCGUUUCAUACCCACCCGCUCGGGCAACAACUGGCAGACCACGUUCUCCAUGAUCAGCGAGAACGGCCGGGGCGGCCUGGUGGCGAAGAAGACGCGGGAGAACGGCGAGGGCAGCCGCGACGGCAUCGCGUACUCCUGCCUGCUGAAAAACGAGCUGCUCGGGGCGAGCAUCGAGGACGUGAAGGGCCAGUGCGAGGAGCGUAGGGUGCUCUCGCCGUUGGUCACCAAGAACCUCUUCAAGUACACCACGCCCACCAAGGACCGCACGCUGUUGGAUCAGAGCUCGCCAUAUUCGUUGUCGCCGCUCAGCGCCAAGAGCCAGAAGCUGCUUAGGUCGCCCAGGAAGGCGACCAGAAAGAUCUCGAGAAUACCGUUCAAGGUGCUGGACGCUCCGGAGUUGCAGGACGACUUCUACCUUAACUUGGUCGACUGGUCCUCCCAGAAUGUUCUCAGUGUCGGCCUGGGUAGUUGUGUCUACCUGUGGUCGGCGUGCACCAGCCAAGUGACGCGGCUCUGCGAUCUGUCCAACGACGGUAACAGCGUGACCAGCGUCGCCUGGAACGAACGGGGCAAUCUGGUGGCGGUGGGCACGCAUAUGGGCUAUAUACAGGUGUGGGACGUCGCAGUGAACAAGCAGGUGAGCAAGUUGCAGGGCCAUAGCGCCCGGGUGGGAGCCCUGGCGUGGAACGGAGAGGUCCUCUCGUCCGGCAGCAGGGACCGGCUGAUAUUGCAGAGAGACGUGAGGACGCCGUGCGUGGUCGGCGAGCGGCGACUCGGUGCCCAUCGGCAGGAAGUGUGCGGCCUCAAGUGGUCGCCGGACAAUCAGUACCUGGCGUCCGGUGGCAACGACAAUCGGCUCUACGUGUGGAAUCUGCACUCCCUCUCGCCCAUCCAGACGUACACCGAGCACCUGGCGGCGGUGAAAGCGAUCGCCUGGUCGCCCCAUCAUCACGGCCUGCUGGCGUCCGGCGGUGGCACCGCCGAUCGCUGCAUCCGUUUCUGGAACACGCUGACCGGCCAGCCGAUGCAGUGCGUCGACACCGGCUCGCAGGUCUGCAACCUGGCGUGGAGCAAGCACAGCUCCGAGCUGGUCAGCACGCAUGGCUACUCGCAGAACCAGAUUCUCGUGUGGAAGUAUCCGAGCCUCACGCAAGUGGCCAAACUCACCGGCCACUCGUACCGUGUGCUCUAUCUGGCGAUGUCGCCCGACGGCGAGGCGAUCGUCACCGGGGCCGGCGACGAGACUCUGCGCUUCUGGAACGUGUUCAGCAAGGCACGCAGUCAGAAGGAGAACAAGUCUGUGCUGAAUCUGUUCACAAGUAUCCGAUAAACAGUGUGGUCGAACACCCUGCGCCACCGGUCAUGGCAGAGCCUCACGAAAAGUCUUAUACUAUGUAUUUUGUACAUAUAUACGUAUCUAUCAUGAAUACAAUUCGAGUAUUCUAAAAGAAUUAUAUAUAUAUAUAUAUACACUUAUAGAAACAUAUAUAUAUAAAUAUUAUAUAUAACUGCGUUAGAGGUACUAGGAAAAGCAUUCUCUAGAUAAUUGUAUAAAAAUAAGAACUACGCGGUAUUCCCAACGUAUAAAAUAAGUCCGUGGAUUUUUCGCACAGUCUGCGAUACGUUGAGUACUUGUGCAAUACUUGUUGCUAUUCUCCGGUAGAGAGUGUUUCCUCACGAGGAAAAGAGAAAGAGAAGCGGAAGGAUUACGUAUCCCGGAGGCUAUUGCUGCGAGACGCUCUAUAUUUUUUAUGCACUUUAUAUACACUUAUUUUUAUAUAUCACUCCACUAUGGAAUUGUGGACAUUUGCGCGGAGUGUCCUGGAAAUCACGGACUCAAUGGCAAGUUGACGCAGAUUUUUUUUGUCUCGAUUACAAUGCCAAAUAAGUAAUCUUUGAAAUAUAUUUUUAGAUACUUAAACGACAAUAUUUAUUUCUUAUUAUUUUACUCAAACUCUCGAAUAUUUUAUAUAUAUUUUUUUUUUAUUAAUGAGACAGUUCAUUGCAACUGACAAGAUUAUGCCCCAAAAAAAUCUACUCCAAGUUUGCCACAGGGGAAUUAAAAUUAAGUCAUUCUGAGACACUCUGGGCAACGUGCUUGCGUUUUUUCUAAUUCUAUUUUGUAUCGCGAUAACGAUAUUAGAGCACACACGAUCUAUCUUGCUGUAUCUUCGAUUGGCAGUUUACAGCGACCAUUUAUUAUAUAUCAUAAAUUUGUAAUACAGUUUUCUCUCCUUUUAAAAGAGUAUAUUUGAUCAUAAUAUUACCGUAACUUUUCGAAAUAAAUGUUUACUUAGAGAUAUCUACAGACUUAGGCUCUAAAAGAGAAAAAAAAGAAUAAAGUCCGCGAAAUUCUAGGAAGGCUAUUUCAUGUUUUUUUUUGUUAUUUGACAUUGUCCUAUUAUUCCCAAUGUGCUCUAUUAGUCAUUAUUAAGAAGAAAUUUGCUUCUAAACAUAUGCGAAACUUUUCAUUGUUUAUAAUUAAUCUUAGUUUAUAAUUUACGUUCGGCAAAUUGUACAAAUUUAAGUUGAAACGUGACUUAUCAAGUGUCUACUAAUUUAUAUUAUAACAAGAAUAUAUAUAUUUAAUAUAUCGCAUUGAUAUACUUUGCGUAAUGUUAUUCGAAAAGAUGUAAAAGAGAUUGAGGAUCGUGAGAAAAUCUACGUGUAGUUCGUAAACGUGUAUGCAUAUAUGCGUAAUCUAUUUUUCGCGAUACCGUAUAUAUCGUACGUUCGAGUACACGAGUGUGUAAAAAGAAAAUAAGAAAUAAAAAGCUAUAUUGAGAAAUCGAGGUGUAAUUUUCAGCGAGGGGCGAUUAUUUCGUUUACAAAUGGUCUGCCGAAUGAUCGUCGUGUAGUAUUAUACGAUGUGCUUCAGUAUAUGUAUAAAAUAUUUUUAUACAAUCGCUAUUGUAUCGUUAGGCGAAAUGCGUACACGCCUAUAACGCUUUGCUCGAUUCACGCCCGACGAUAAACCAGGAAGACGCACCGGAAGUAAAAAAAAAGGGAAUGCAAAUUACAGCGUUACGAUCCUACAUGUACGCUGCAUUCUAUAUUCGCCAGGAUGCAUCCGAGCUUCUUAUAAUAAGAUAUCUACAAAUAAAAGUGUGUUUCCUCGCAGUUUUUACGCAACAUCGUUCGAUAAUUCAUGUAAUUAAACUGUAAUAAAGCAACAUUUUGUUUUUUAUAUAAUGAGGAAUCCAAAAAGAUGCAUAUAUGACUGUAAACGAUAUCAAUUCUAUUAUAGAUUUAAUGAGCGAAGAAAAUACUAUGAAAGUAGAUAAAUUAUAUGUUAAAUAUUGAUGAACGUAGUAAAAUCGUAAGUCAUUGUUUAAAGUAUAUGAAAUGUAAUUGCUGUCUGCUGUUACAAGCUCAAAAAAACCGAUAAAAAGGGUAAAUAAGAUUACAAAUGAUAUAUCUAGAUCAAUCAAUGCCUACUAGUCAAAUGUAGUCAAUAGUAACUUUUUCGAUACUCAUGGCAUUCUGUUUAUAUUUCUUCUUCUAUAAUGUAUAUAACUUUUUUCUUUUUAGAUAAUAUUCCUAUUUUUCCAAAAGAAGCACGCAGUUUAAAAAAAAAGUAAAUAAAAUUUCACUUUACAAAUAAAUGACGGUGUUUCUAUUUAUCAUAAAUUAUAAUAUUCAUUUAUUAUAUCUUCUAUUGUUAAUGUAGUUUAUAUAUAUAUAUAUAUAUAUAUAUCUCAAGAUAUAUGUUUAUAUAGAAAUGAUAUCGUUUAUGCUCUUAACAUAUGUGUUAUUUAAAUGUUUGAUAAAUACAGUAUCUUAGGUUUUUUGAAAUUAUGUAUUUUUUCAAACAAAACUACUGAAAAGUAUGCAUUAUGGAGACAGGCAUACAUAAAUACAAAAACUUUAAAUUAACUUUUAUUAUUUAAACCUUAAAUCUAUGAAGUAAUACUUUAGGUACAAUAUGUGUUAUCUCACAUGUUUAUCAAGGUUUAAAAAAUACUGAAGAUUUUAUAUGAGUAUAUAAAUAUAUAUAGGAGUAUUAUUUUCAACAAGUGUUGCGCUAAUAUACAAUAUAAUCGUUUUUUUUUUCAACUUAUGAUUGCGUGCAAUGAUUUUGUACAUUUUUUAUCGUUUCUUAUUUUAUUAUUUUUGUGCGACGCUGAUAUUCAAAUGCAAUUAUGGUAAUUAUGAAAUAUCUUGUUUCUGCAGAGAUACACAAGAUAUUUGUCAGUUUUGUAUCCAUUAUUAUUUUGAUGACAUUUAAACGCGAUUUCUAUAUUAUAUAUACAAUCAUAUUUAUAUACAAUUAUAGUUUAUAUUUUUGGGGAAAAAUAUAAAAUUGCGAUAAAUUAUCUAUUUGAUAUACAUGCAAAAUGUAAUUAUACUUUUGAAGAUUUGGCUAUUAUGUAACUGCCUGCGAAUCAGAUUAAUUAGUAUUAAAAUAAAAUAUUUAGUGAACCUUCAAAUGUAUUUGCGUAUCAUGAAUUAAAUAAAGUAAUUCUGUUAUAAAAA